GUUGUUGGUAAUGGUCGGAAAAUAGAUUUAAACAAUGAUGUUUGGAAUGUUAUUGGACCCUGUGGUACAAGUGUAAAUGCGGGAAGACCUGUGCCUUAUAAUACAAUUGUUGGAUUUAAUCAUCAAGCGACAGGAAGAAAUUUACAUUCUCAUGAUAUGAAAGAUGGGAAACUCACACCAUUAACGAAGCAACAGCAAGUGACCAUCAAUCCUGGUACAAGUAUAGACGAUGAUUUUCUUAUUCGGCGCUAUAAUUCAAAAGCUUUUAAAGAUGAUCCAGGCUAUUUGAUGAAUGGUGAUAUAAUCUAUCUUUUUCAUAUCACAACCAAUAAGCCUGCACUCUAUAGUAAUUCCAUAUUAUUUGGUGAUGGAACCCAAGAAGUUUCUUGUCAUGGAAAUGGAAAUGACGAAAAUAAUAAG